CCAACCUGAUCACGACUCCAUCACAGCAAUGACUCUGCCUCGCUAGCCCUGCUACUGCGGCCAGAUUCCCUCGGGCGCAGGGCAGUCCCUCGCCUGCACCAUGCCGUACAAUAUUGCGAUGGUUAGCGACUACUUCUUUCCCCAACCAGGUGGCAUCGAAAGCCACAUCUACCAACUCUCUACGAAACUCAUCGACCGCGGACACAAGGUUAUCGUCAUCACGCACGCGUACGAAGGCAGAACCGGCGUUAGAUACCUCACGAAUGGCCUCAAAGUCUACCACGUCCCGUUCCUCGUCAUCUACCGCGCCACGACCUUCCCAACAGUGUUCUCAUUCUUCCCAAUUUUCCGGAACAUUGUCAUUCGAGAGCAGAUUGAAAUCGUGCAUGGCCAUGCAAGUUUAAGCAGCUUCUGCCAUGAAGCCAUCCUUCAUGCGAGGACAAUGGGACUGAGGACGGUUUUCACGGAUCAUUCGUUAUUUGGUUUUGCAGAUGCUGCCAGCAUCCUCACCAACAAGCUUCUCAAGUUCACUCUCAGUGAUGUGGAUCAUGUAAUUUGCGUCAGUCAUACAUGCAAAGAAAACACCGUUCUUCGCGCCUCUCUCGACCCCUUGAUGGUUUCCGUCAUCCCAAAUGCAGUCGUCGCAGAGAACUUUCGACCUCUUUCCCAUCCAGCUUACCCCCCAUCCGAAUUUGGGAAUCAUAUGGUUCCCGUACAACAACAUCUCGGCCCACACGAUACGAUCACCAUCGUUGUCGUUUCCAGACUGUUCUAUAAUAAAGGAACUGAUCUCUUGGUGGCAGCAAUCCCUCGAAUACUUGCAAGCCACCCACAUGUUCGAUUCAUAAUUGCUGGGUCUGGUCCAAAAGCUAUCGAUCUAGAACAGAUGCUGGAAAGGAAUGUCCUCCAGGACAGAGUCGAGAUGUUGGGCCCCGUGAGGCACGAGGAAGUCAGAGAUGUCAUGGUCAGAGGACACAUCUAUCUCCACCCAAGCUUGACAGAGGCAUUUGGUACCGUGAUUGUUGAGGCAGCAAGCUGUGGCCUUUACGUUGUAUGUACCCAGGUUGGAGGCAUUCCAGAGGUUCUGCCCAACCAUAUGACGGUAUUCGCAAAGCCCGAGGAGGAUGACCUGGUUGCUGCAACUGGGAAAGCUAUCGCAGCGCUCAGAUCGAACAAAGUUCGCACGGAGAACUUCCACGAUCAGGUUAAGAAGAUGUAUUCAUGGACAGAUGUGGCUGAACGGACCGAGCGUGUAUAUGACGGGAUUUCUGGUGUUCUCAGCGAGGCCGACUUCUACGGAUACGAUGCUGCAGAUGCGGCAAGCUGGAGUGCAACGAGAGGGCGGGCGGGCGUGCAGAGCUUUGCAUUGAUUGACCGUUUGAAGCGGUACUACGGGUGUGGAAUCUGGGCUGGGAAACUGUUCUGUCUAUGCGUGGUUAUUGACUAUCUCCUGUUCAUGUUCCUCGAGUUCUUCGCCCCAAGAGACGAAAUUGAUAUUGCCAGGAAUUGGCCAAAAAAAAUCAGGGUAGAAAACUCCAGAAGGGACCAGCGCACUUUCAAACGGUGACAUCGAGGAUGGGAGUUCCAAGACCACGCUCGCAAGCUACUGCCCUGAAACGGUGCAGGCAGUUUUCCGAUCAGUCACGCAUUGGUAUUAAGACUGAAGUCGCCAUGGGAGAAAGGCUCGCCAAGUAUAGCAAGCAGUGCCAAGGUGUGUACCUGUAAAGUUCCGUGAAAUCCUAGUUAAUAUAAAACAAUUCGCCUC